AUGUUCAAGCUGGAGUUGGACAUAGACAUGCUAGGCGGACAUAAUCCUUCCUACGACCCGCAAAGGGUUUGCCUGUCGUCAAAUGUUCGGGUCGAUGUCGGCGGUGCGCACAACGUAGACUACCCCAGUAGUGGAGUCGCCGCCGUUGCCUGCUCUAGAGUGGUUGUGGAGGCGGAAGUAGCCGAACAAUAUUCGCGCCACUCAGGCAACGGCGAUGAUGAGCGCGACGCUGACUGGCGCGGUGAGCUUGAAGCCAUCACGGAAUCUAAACUUGCGCUUGGAUAG